AUGAACUUUGAAGAUCUCCUACAAGAAGUAGGUGGUUUUGGCAAAUUCCAGGUCCUAACGUUGCUCCUUCUCUGCUUUCCAAGACUCUUAUUGCCCCUGCAUUUCCUUCUGCACAACUUUCUGGCGGCCAUCCCACGUCAUCACUGUGACAUCACAUAUGAUGACCGACUGGCCAACCUCACCAAGGAAGAAGCGUGGCUUAUUAGCAUCCCAAGAGAUGCUGAAGAUGUCUUCAGCUCCUGCAAGAUGUUCUCAGAACCUCAGUUUCAUUUACUGGUUAACUCUACCCAGGAAGCAUCUAACACCACAAUGAACAUCACCGCUGUACAGAACUGCCAACAUGGAUGGAUCUAUGAUCAAUCCCAGUUCACGUCUACUAUAGCCACCCAGUGGGACUUGGUUUGUGAACAAAGAGGACUGAACCAAGCAACUGCUACUUUCUUCUUCAUUGGUGUCAUGUUUGGUGCUGUGAUCUUUGGCUACCUCUCAGAUAGGUUUGGGCGAAAAUCCAUGCUCCUUGUGGCAUAUGUAGGCACUCUCCUCUUUGGCAUGCUGAGUGCCAUCUCCGUUACUUACAGUAUGCUUGCAGUCACACGGACCCUGACAGGGGUGGCUAUGUCUGGACUCUCCCUCAUUGUACUACCUCUAGGCUUAGAAUGGGUGGAUAUACACCAUCGUACCUUUUCUGGGGUCACAACUAGUAUCUUCUGGAGUUUGGGAAAUAUGCUUCUUGCUCUGAUUGCCUACUUUGUGCGGGACUGGCGUUGGCUGUUGUUUGCUGUCACUCUGCCUUGUUUUGUGGGUAUCGCCUCUUUGUGGUGGCUCUCAGAAUCUGCCAGAUGGUUGUUGACCAAAGGAAAGCUUGAGCAAGCUCACAAACACCUUCAAAGAUGUGCCAAAAUGAAUGGAAGGAAGGAGUCUGGGGCCAAGAUAAACCUCGAGAUAUUAAGCAAGACUGCAGCAAAUAUAGCACAGAAGCCAGGUGGGAAUUAUUCCUACACCAGCCUUUUCCAGACACCGAUGAUGAGAAGAAUAUCUUAUUGCAUGGGUGCCGUGUGGUUUGGGGUGGCCUUUUCCUACUAUGGCAUGAGUAUGAACAUUACUGGUUUUGGCCUGGAUAUGUACAUGACCCAGUUUGUCUUUGGAAUCAUUGAAAUUCCUGCCAAGGUCAUUAUGUAUAUUGUGGUUAAUUGGGCUGGACGAAGACAUUGCCAGGCCUGGACUCUCAUCCUUGCUGGAUUAUCUAUAGGCGCCAACAUUGUCAUCCCAAAGUCUCUGGAGACUUUGCGCUCAGUGGUUGCCAUCAUUGGCAAAGGAUUAUCCGAAGCUUCCUUCACCACCGUCUUCUUGUAUUCAUCAGAGCUCUAUCCCACUGUCCUUAGACAGAAAGGGCAAGGCUACUGUUCUUUCAUGGGACGCCUCGGUGGGUCCGUGGCUCCACUCAUUUUCUUGCUGGACGGGCUCUGGAAGCCGCUGCCCCAAGUGACAUACUUUGCCGUAGCUGUGCUUUGUGGCUCAUCGGUCUUCUUCCUCCCUGAGACAUUAAACGUCCGACUGCCAGAGACAAUCGAGGACACUGAAAAGCAAAGUUUGGAAAAGGAGAAGCAGCUGCGUGGGAAUAUCUCCGAAGCCAUGCCUCUGAAGUCAUUAUAGUAAUGGCCUGCUGUGGGGUUGUUGCACUAACAACAGGGGAGUGAGGGCCAGCAGAAGAGAUGAUCAAGGACCAUGUAAGAGCCAGCUGAGAACAAACUCUGAUUUUAUACCACAAUAAAGCAAGCAAUGCUA